GGAGUCACCAGGCACAACCGUGGGCUCCGAGUCAACUGGGAUGACCGCUGGCACUGGGUCAGACAUUGGAUCGUCUGGCUGGACAGCGGGCAUCGGGUCACCAGGCAUCAGGUCAUUUGGCUCGACAGCGGGCACCGCGUCAUCUGGCAAGGCAGUGGGCUCCGAGUCAACUGGUAUGACCACGGGCACUGGGUCAGACAUUGGAUCGUCUGGCUGGACAGCGGGCACUGGGUCACCAGGCAUCAGGUCAUUUGGCUCGACAGCGGGCACCGCGUCAUCUGGCAAGGCAGUGGGCUCCGAGUCAACAGGCACGACAGUGAGCACCGGGUCAUCAGGUACCGGAUUGUCUGGCUCGACAGCGGGCAUCGGGUCACCAGGCAUCAGGUCAUUUGGCUCGACAGCGGGCACCGGAUCAGUGGUACCGGAUCAUCUGGAUCAACAGCGGGCAUCGAGUCAACUGGCCUAAUAGGAUCGUCAGGCUGGAUCAGUUCAUCAUGCUGGGUAGAGGCAUCAGGCUGAAUGCGGCGUCCGGCUCCAGAGUCUUUCAGGCCGAGUAGAGGCUUCAG